AACACUCGUCUGAGUGCUUUUAUUGCGCUGCUUUCCCCAAAAGGCCCACAAUCUCUACACUCACUAAACAAUUCAUGGGAAAGAAAAAGAUUUCAUUUUUUUUAGAGCGAGAAGAGGAAGAGGGAAGGGAGAUAAAGAGCAGGAAUUUAACCGUUAAAGGCGGCGCUUGAAAAGGGCUGUAACGUUGGGGAGGGAGGAAAAAGAAGCUGACUUUGCUGUUAAAUUCUGGGUUUUAUUUGUGAUGGUCAAAUUUGAACGUGCUUAGUUUAAAGUGGGCUCUUCUCUCUGUUUGUAAAAAUGCAGUCUUUUUCUUUCACACACUGGAUGGAUUUGAUUAUUUGAAUUGUUGUUAGUUGGGUUUUGUGUAGAGCUAGUAGUUUGGCAUAGAUCUGUUGGGAGAUUUGAGCUUGUGAUGUUUUUGUUUCUGGGGAUUUGGGUAGUUGGAUUAUAGGAGGGAACGUGACAUUCUUGAUUCUCCUUCUCUCUCUCUCCUAGUAAUUAUUUUUCUGUUUUUCGAGUUUCUUUCCUCUUUGUCACGGGAUGCUAGCGUUUAAAAAUGGUAAUGAGGGAUUGAUUUGGUAUAUAUUAGGUGAAUUCAAUUGGGAUUCUAUUCAAAGAAUCAAAGUUUAGGGGAAAAAAGAAUUUGAUAAAGGAAAGCAAGAAUUUGGGGUUUAAACUUUAGAGAAAGAAGGAAAAUGGGUUGCUUUUCUUGCAUAAGUCCUCCCAAUAAGGAUGUGAGGGAUUAUAACGGAGGAGAUAUAGACCCAAGAAUCACUAAUUCUUCAGUUGGUGGGAAGCGAAAGGCGAAUGCCAAUGGUAGUGUGAGCGUGAAGAAAGGAAGUGUUGCUAGAGCAAAGGGAAAGGAUGGCAACAAUCCCUCAAAGGGCAAUGCUGCUCGUAGCUUCACCUUCAAGGAGCUUGCUCUGGCCACUCAGAACUUUAGGGAGGCUAAUUUGAUUGGCGAAGGAGGUUUUGGGAGCGUCUACAAAGGCCGCCUCGAAUCUGGCUUGGUUGUUGCUGUGAAGCAGCUCAAUCUUGAAGGGCUGCAAGGGAAUCAAGAAUUCAUUGUUGAGGUUCUGAUGCUCAGCCUGUUGCAUCACCCAAACCUCGUGAACUUGAUCGGUUAUUGCACUGAUGGUGAUCAGAGGCUCCUUGUUUAUGAGUUCAUGCAGUUGGGUAGCUUGGAGAAUCAUUUGUUUGAGGCUGCUCAAACGCCACUCAGUUGGAGCACGAGGUUGAAGAUUGCAGUUGGUGCUGCUCGUGGCCUUGAGUAUCUUCACUGUAAGGCGAACCCACCUGUCAUCUAUCGCGACUUGAAAUCUUCAAACAUACUGUUGGACAAUGAUUUCAAUGCCAAGCUGUCGGAUUUCGGGCUUGCCAAGCUAGGGCCGGUUGGGGACAACACUCAUGUCUCAACACGGGUCAUGGGGACCUAUGGAUAUUGCGCCCCGGAGUAUGCUAUGAGCGGCAAACUCACCCUAAAAUCCGACAUCUACAGCUUUGGCGUGGUCUUGUUGGAGCUCAUCACCGGACGCAAGGCUAUCGACUGCACUAAGAUUCCGGGAGAGCAGAAUCUUGUUAUGUGGUGUCGGCCUUAUUUGAAGGAUCGGAGGAAGUACAUACAGAUGGUGGAUCCUCUACUGGAAGGGCGAUUCUCAAUCCGGAGCCUGCACCACGCCGUUGCAAUCACUGCAAUGUGCCUCCAAGAACAAGCCAGCUUCCGCCCGUUGAUCAGUGACAUUGUUUUGGCGCUUGAGUUCUUGGCGUCACAAGCGGAGGAUUCUCACUCCCACAACCGGACCUCAUCAUCGCCAUCCCAGCUACACGUUGCUAAGGCUGAGUCCAGAAGGCAAGAUCAUGAGAAUCCAUCCAGGUGAACGUUUGCUUUCUUUGCCGGCCAAUGCAUAUAGAGUUUCAUCAUCUUUUUCAUACCUAUUUUACUGUAAAUAAUGCUUCAUAUGUUGUUGCUAACACUUUUUAUUUUUUGUGGGAUUUCUUGAGCUUUUUUCUCUUGCCAUCAAGUUGUGGUUUUCUCGAGUACAUAUACCCAUUUUUUUUAUUUUCUUUUUAUGUUUGCGUCGGUCUGUAAACUCCAUCCGAAUCUUGUUUCGUGUUAGAAUUCUGGAAAUUGUGACAUACAUGUCGUAGAGCUAUCAAAUACUAUGAUCCGACCUAA